CGCUCUCAGUGAGCAUGUUCUCUAAAUUCUUGGGAUUAUCCAUAACCUGGAACUAAGUAUAUUUACAAGACAAGGUGUUAUAAAAGAUUCCCUACUGAGGCUGGGUCUUUACAUUUUCGUACCAAGAUGACACAGUCUAUUAAUAUAAGUAAUAAUCUUCCAGAUCUAGGAGCUCCUUUCCUCUACUGGGAUCAUAAUGAAAAUGACAAGACUUCCUACUGUGUGGAAACACCAUAUGGAUUCCAGUUGGAUUUGGACUUUCUAAAAUAUGUUGAUGAUAUCCAGAGUGGUCAGACUUUGAAGAAAAUGUCUCUUAGCCGAAAACCAAGAACAACACGGCGCUCUACAUCAUCUUUAAGAAGCCUGUCCAGCCAAACUGGGAUUUCGAUUUCAACAGAGUCUUUGGAUUAUAGCGAGGAUGGCACCUCAUCAGAUUCUGUUUUUUUCUCAAGAGAUGUUGUAGACAUUAGCCAUUCUGGUGCCAAACAGGCUUUGGGUUUGAGAAAGUCAAAUCCAAUAUCACCAACACCCUUCUUUAAACUUCUUCCGCCUCCACCAGCAAGGUCACUUCUGCAUGCUCGUGCCGAGAAAACACCCGCAGAGGCUAGGAAAAAACAAGAGCAACUAAAUGCAGAUUAUCAAAAAAUCCAGUCUUCAAAUCUCUCUAAGCUUAGUGCUGCCAGUAGAAGUUCACCCAAUCUCAGUCAGGGAUCACUUUCUACAUUGCAGAAUAAUAAAAGUGGAGACAGAUGUGCAGUCCUAAGUCCAUCCUACAUAGGAUCUAUGCAAUUCAGUCCCGUGAAUUCUGGAAGAACUACUCCAGUCGACAAUUCCUCUUCAACUCAUCUUCAGUAUAUUCGGGAACAGAUGGCUGCUUCAUUGAAGCAGCUGAAAGACCUUGAAGAGCAGGUAAAAGUCAUCCCUGUCUUACAGAAGCAUAUUUAUACACUUGAAAGAGAGAAAAAGCAGCUUACAGAUGAACUGGAGAAGCACAAAGCAAAUGUGAAUGGCAUAUUAUCAAAUACUGAUUCUAGCCUCCUUGAGAUUGAUUUGAAGAAAAAGCUUGAUGCUAUAUCUGAACAUGACAUAAAAAUGGAAACUGGAACAUCCAAAUCUGAAAUUAGAUUAGAGUCUGGAAUAUCUAAACCAAGUAAAAUUACUGAGCUGAAAAGACUCACUGAGAAAUUAACUGAUACAGAGAGAAAAACAAGUAAUGACAUAAUGGCAACUGACAAAACACUUGCUCGUUAUCCGGCAGUGAAGGUAAAGUCUAGAAAGUCUGUAGCCAUUGGGGAGAACAUUCCUAUGUCAGAGUCUGUAUUUUACUAUAGACAUGAAAAUAAAGAUGUUGCAGUACAAUAUUCAACUAAAACAAAAGAUGUUGGUGUUUGGGUAAUGGAAUCAUUAUUAGGACUGACAUGUGAAGCUGAGAAGGAAAUAGAGAUUCUGGAACAUACAAUAGAACAUCAAAGAGCUGUUAUCAAAAUUCUUGAAAAUAACCUUAGGGCUGCCUGUGAUGAAAUGGAAGAUCUAAGAGUAGCUGUCUCCACCAGAACAAUCAUAGAUGUGAAUCCAAACCCAGUGGAAGCAUCAACAGAAGCAAACGGUUCAAUUGUUAACAAGCCACCUGAAGAAUACCUACAAAUGGUGGACACAAGAGCGCUUUUUGCUUCAGAAAUGUCUGCAAGUGGUAAUAGCAGUCACAGUGAAUUAAACAAAUUAAACAAUUUGGAAGAUGUAACUGUUGCAGAUAUGAUGACUGGAUGUAAAGAAAUAAGCAUAAAUGCAUAUUCUGAAGGACAUUUAAUACCAAAUAGCCAUGAACGUGACACCAUAAAUGUACCAACUUCUUCGGAGCAUGAACUGACAAUCUUAGGCAGAGAUGAAGUUGAUGGCGCUGACAACAGAGGUAUGAAUAAGUGUGAUAAAGCUGGAAAAGAUAUCAUGAAUGAUGAAACAUGUGAUGCUGGGCUUUCUGCAGGAGAAAUGAACACAGAA